CAAUUUUCAGUUAUAUCUGAACGGUUGAGAGACUUACACAUAAAUUUAAUUGAUUUUGCUUCUGGCUCACACUUCUUAUAACCCCAGUGCUAUUACGUUGUGACUUUGUUGCCUGGUUUUACUUGCGGGAAAUAAAAGUAUAUAAUGAAGUAGUUUUCUUAUUUAAUGAAAAUCUUUUUUAAAAAAUAUUUUUUCUAUCAAUCAGAAAUUCUUUUAGUCUCUGUACAUUUAUUCUUCUGAACGACGUCGUGUUGUGUAUUUAUGAUUAAAUGCAGCACGGUGGUUAAUUGCAUUUAAGGUUAAGGAGAAAGAAGUGAGGGGUAAAAAGGAAAAUUUGUGAGUGGGAGUGUAUUUUAUAAAAAAAUAAAAUAAAAUUCAUAAAGAAAUAAAUUAGACAGAAAAUGUGGCAAUAUUGAAAACCAAAUAGAAGAGAGAAAAAAUAAUCAUAAAAUUGCAAUAAAUAAAGUUAUAUAAUGUAGUGUUGUGUGUGAUGUGUAAAAAAAAAUUGUGAAAUAAAUCCACAACAAAUCUUUUGUGAUUCUGCCUAAAUUUUCAUUUCUGAAUAACCUCCAAUCUGAAAAAAAAAGUUUGGUUUGUGCAAUUUAUUAGAUGAGUGUGAAGGUAUAUUAGGAGAAAUUUUGGAGGUGAAAAAAAAAAGUUAAUCAGCAUAAAGGGAGGAUUAUUGUGCGAAGAAAAAUAAGCUCAUUUGAAUGAAAAAAGCUUUCUUUUAAUUGAAAAAAAAGGAAAGAGAGGUGACACAGUGAGAAAUUUAUUGUGAUAAAAGACUCUGUGCCUUGGGUCUCUGUGUGUGGUUCAGCGCGGAAAAUAGAUGAAGAAAAUUAAAUAAAAUGGGGCAGUGUGAGUGUGAUAAGGAUGAGCGAUAAGGAGGAGAAUGACAGGAAAAACCAAAAGUGUGCUUAUCAAUGAGCUAAUUGAGUGAAAAGUAAUGCCAAAGUGAACACGUACAAUUUCUCAUGUUGCUCUUCCUGCAUGGAAAAUUUGCACAAAAAGAGGGAAAUUGAAUUUCGCAAUAUUGUGGACGUGUGUAGUAAAUAAAGUGAUGGUAAUGAGGACCUAAGAAAAAAAAUAUAAGUAUACUAAACCAAUGUGACAAAGUACCUUUUCUUUUUAAAAGAAAAACUAACUAAAGAAGAACCAAGAAAUUGUGUGAUAAAUUUUAGAGUGAAAAAGUAGAACAAAGAAAGUCUAUAUGUGACAGUUUGUGUGAAGAAAAGAUAUUAUUCUUACCAAAUGAAACCUUUCUCGCGCCUUGUUUGGCUACCAUAGUGCAAUCGUUUCUGGAAUACAAAGAAGACAACAUCGACGAGCUAAAAAGGGGACAACUGAGUACUCUUUUUUUUUCUUGGUGCGUGUUGACACUGAGAGUGUUACACACACCACUGAAAAAAAAAUUAUUUUUGAAGAAGAAAAAAUAAAAGGAAAAAUUAACAUACGGAGAGAGAGACAUUUCGUACCCAACUCGUUCCAAAUUUAAAUGUUGCGAUCUCCAGCUCACAUAGUGGGUCACGGUCCAUCAGCAGGUGGAGGUGGAAUUGUGGGCAUUCAUUCACAUCCAUCGCCACAGACUCACGCAAGAACAUCACUGUUUGAUUCUUGCCACCGGAAAAUUCGUUUAAUCGGCAAUGGACCGGUAGCAUUUCUCGGUGGGCUUGUUGCAAAGGCCCGCCGCAAAGAGAGAGACGGUGACCAAAACGCAGGUGAUACUAAGCUAUAUUUAGAAGAAAAUGUUCUCGAAAGAAAAUUGCCGGAUGCCGAUUUGAAAGCAAUAGUUGAUCUACCGCCUGGCUUAGACUAUAAUGAAUGGCUAGCGUCACACACUCUGGCACUCUUUGAACACGUAAAUUUGGUAUAUGGAACUAUAAGUGAAUUUUGUACGACAUCCGGAUGUCCAGAUAUGACUGGACCAGGAACAAGAAUGUACUUAUGGUUUGAUGAGAAGGGCAAAAAGACUCGUGUGGCAGCACCACAGUAUGUCGACUAUGUAAUGACAUUCACCCAGAAGACAGUGAGCGAUGAAUCAAUUUUCCCCACCAAAUAUGCCAAUGAAUUUCCAAGCUCCUUCGAAAGUAUCGCAAGGAAGAUCCUCAGAUUACUUUUUCAUGUGAUUGCUCACCUGUAUGCGGCACAUUUUCGUGAAAUUGCAUUGCUCGGCCUUCAUGCGCAUCUCAAUUUAACAUUUGCGCAUCUAACUGCAUUACAUAGACGUUUCAACUUAAUCGAAUCUAAAGAGACGGAAGUGCUGCGAGAUCUGGAGGUGGCACUACGGCUUACAGAUGAUUGCCUUACACCACAGACAACACCAACAACAAUUAGUCUCAGUUCCGAGUCGAAUGCGUCGACGAUAGCCGUUGCGGAGGCGACGCAGCCACAGAGUCGCGCAACACUGGAGGAGCAUCAGGUGAUCGAUGGUGAUGCGAGUGUGCGUCCAAUUGUGACACAGCCCGAGUGCUGUACGACCAAUUUUACGGGUUUCCAUCCACCCACAACACAUCUCAGUGGUGGCACCAAUAUUGGCCUAAAUGCAUCGCAAUCCUCGUCACAGCACACGCCGGCCUAGAUAAACCUAUUCUCCCUUUUUUUUUUAAUUAAUAAUUUCUUUCGCUACACAGCGCUAAACCUUUCGGCAGGAGGCAUUAAUUCUUCAUUUUUUUUAUUUAUUUAUUCAUCCACGAUGGAUCGAUCCCUUUUACAACCUUUGACCACUCUCUGACCCAACAAUAAUCAGGUGAGAUUUUAUCUUGAAAAUAAAAAAAAAUACAUAAGAAAAAACUUCCACUCCCCGAUUAAAGUUCCUCCGUGUUUUACCUGUCGAAAUGGCGAAUUUUUGUGUCUGCACUUUAAGCCAAUGUUUUUAUUUUGACCAAUGUGAUGUAUCCUUUUGUUAGUUUUUUUUUUAAAUAAUUAUUACACUUUACAAGUUAAUUUAGAGACGAGAAAGAAAGUAGAGGAAGACAAUGAAUGGCAAAUGUACAGAAAAAAAAUAUACUAAAUGUUAUACCUUUUUCCUCUUUUCCCGA